GGGGGGUUCAGAGCCAUCUCAAACCAGGGGGACGCGUCCCUUCGUCCCUAAAUGUACGCUUAUCAGCCCAACAGAAAAAAAUACAACAUAUUCCAGUUAGAUAUUACAUACAUGCUACAUAUUACAGUAUAUUUUCGAAUGUAGACUUGCUGCACAUUGCGCGUUCACGUAUCCUCAGAGGCGCAAACACGCGAGGCGUGUGGAUAGCAUCUCUUCAAAACAACACGGGAGCGAGCAUACAUGCUCCAAGAAUGACUACGGAACCAUAGGUAGUUUGCUGCGCAUCCCAUAACUGUGUCUGGAAGGACUGGGACUACAGCAGUGAGAUACUUAAACUGAGGUUUUUCCCCCAGAUGGGUCGUGGAUUCGUGUGGGCUGUAGCCUAUGACCAAUAGAUGAUAACAAUUGAAUUCCACCCUAAAGAACACGACAAGAGAGAAAACGAUGCUGGACGGUCUGCGUCGGAGGCACGCCUCCCGCCCCUCCCGCCCCUCCCCCCGCCCGCUGUCACUCAACUUCACCGCCUUCUCUGCCCCUCCCCCAAGCCCCGACAUGGAGAGCAACGACCACCCAAUCAGAAGGACCCUGCACAGGCUGAAGUUGAUGAGCUCCCCCAGCCUCAGUGAGCUGGGCUCCUCUGAGGAGCGGGGGGACAAGCAGAAGAGAGCUGGAGCCAACGCUACCUGGAACAGCAUCCAUAAUGCGGUCAUAGCUGUCUUCCAAAGGAAGGGUCUCGCAGACAACGAACUCUACAUCCUGAACGAAGGUGUCAGACAUCUUCUGAAGACAGAGCUUGGGUCUUUCUUUACAGAAUACCUGCAGAACCAGCUGCUGACCAAGGGGAUGGUCAUUCUGCGAGAUAAGAUCCGCUUCUAUGAAGGUCAGAAGCUUCUGGACUCGCUGGCGGAGACGUGGGACUUCUUCUUUGGUGACGUCCUUUCGAUGCUGCAGGCCAUCUUUCACCCGGUCCAGGGUAAGGAGCCAUCAGUGAGGCAGCUUGCCCUGCUGCACUUCAGGAACACCAUCGUCCUGAGUGUGAAGCUGGAUGAUGCCCUGUCUCGCCCGCGUGCACGCGUACCGCCCUCUAUCACUCAGAUGCUCCUCGUUCUACAGGGGGUUCAUGAGGCUCGGGGGGGCAGUGAAGACUACCUGAGGCUGGAGGCUCUGGUGCAGAAGGUGGUGUCUCCUUACCUGGGCACCCACGGCCUCUACUCUGGAGAUGGGAGUGUGUCUCACUGCUCCUGUGUGCUGGAAAAGCGUCUGCAGUGGUCCUGGCCCCCCCCUGCUGAGCCUCCCUGUAAGAACCCGGUGGUCCGCUCCAAGAGCUACAACAUCCCGCUGCUCUUGACCCCGGUGGCAGAGUACGACCCGGACACAGGCUCUGUGGGCAGCGGUGGCAUCCGCAGGCACUCUGCCUGCGACAUGAUAUCUUGUUUGGAGGAUCAGGGCGUGGCCUCUGGCACUGAGCUGUCUGUCUCAUCCGCCAACAGGCUGUGUGUGGGGGCCCACUUCACAGGUACCAUGCAGGGAGGGGCCAGAGAAGCCCUGGAGUCCCCACUCCCGUCCCCCUCCCUCCCCCCCCUCCACUCCCCGGGCCCCCUGCAUGGAGCAGAGGCCACCAUGACGCUCUCUGACCUAAGCAAGGGUCCAUCCCCCCCCCCCAGCGGCUCCUCCAGCCCGGAGACCAUCGUGGGACAGGUGCUGGAGUCAGCAGACUCUGACUCAGACGGGAUAUUUAUAGAGUUCCCUCCUCUGCUCUGACUCCUCUGCUUUGACUCCUCUGAUCUGACUCCUCUGCUCUGACUCUCCUCUGCUCUGACU